AUGUGCACUCAAUCAGACCAAUGUAUCAGGUUUCUCAACAAACUCAAGGACGAAGAAAGUUUCGCCAUUAUAUCGGGAUCACUUGGUCAACAUUUAGUCCCUAAAAUCCAUGGUGUGUCAAAAUUAGAUGGCAUUUAUAUAUUUUGUGACGAUGUAUCUUACCACCAACAAUGGACUAAGGAUUGGAACAAAAUUAAGAGUGUUCAUAAUAAUAUCAAGGAUAUUUGUGAUUCAUUAAAAGCAAGUAUCAAACAAGUCAAUCAGGAUUCAAUUCCUAUAAGCUUUGUCACAACGAAUGAAGCGAUGUCCAUUAAAAACCUGAAUCAACUGGAUCUAAAUUACAUAUACAUAAAAAUAUUCAAGGAUAUUCUCCUUAAAAGGGAACAUUAUCAAGAACAAGCCAUUGAGAUCUUAGCUGUGUAUUGCUGCAAUCUUUAUUCGGGCAACAUCGAUGAAUUAAAUGUUAUUGAUGAAUUUAAAAGUGAUUAUGAUCCGAAACAUGCAAUCUGGUGGUAUACACGUGAGUGUUUUAUCUAUCAAAUGCUCAAUCGAGCCCUUCGAACAUUGGAUGUCGACAUCAUUGUUAGAAUAGGAUUUUUUAUACAUGAUCUUCAUCAACAAAUUGAUCAGUUAUAUAAGCAACAACUUCCAAAUUAUCGUGGUAAUACUUUUAUAGUUUAUCGAGGACAAGGUUUGUUGAAAAGUGAUUUCGAUAAACUCAAAAAAACAAAAGGUGGUUUCCUGUCUUUUAACAAUUUUUUAUCUACCAGUAUGAACAAAGAUGUUUCCCUCGAUUUUGCCGAACGUAGAUCACCAAAAGCGGAUAUGGUGGGAAUACUUUUUAUAAUGACUAUUGUUCCUCGUAACUCAUCAACACCAUUUGCCUCUAUUAAGGAGGUUAGUUAUUACGAAGUAGAAGAUGAAAUUCUGUUCUCCAUGCACACCGUAUUUCGAAUAGGUGCAAUUAAACAAAUGGACAAUAAUGAUCAACUCUAUGAAGUUGAACUUGAACUGAUUGCUGAUAAACAACUUUGCCGACUUACUCAAUGUGUAAGCCACCAGGUUGGAGGUGGGACAGUUUGGGAACGAUUGGGAAACUUAUUAUGCAAAACAGGCCAUCUCGAUAAGGCUGAAGAACUAUAUAAAGCAGUACUUCAACAACCAUUGAACGAGAGUUACAAAGCAAUCUAUUAUAACGAUAUUGGAUAUGUCAAAGAUAUGCAAGGUGAUUAUGAACAAGGUAUGAAAUAUUACGAACAAGCAUCUGAAAUCAACGGAAUAGCUCUUCCUGAAAAUUAUCCUUCGCUGGCUAAUUUCUACAAAGCCAUGGGUAUGGUGUAUAAUGGGGCAGGAGAUCACACGGAAGCACUUUCAUAUUACGAAAAAGCACUUGAAAUUGAAGAAAAAACUUUUCCUGUAAAUCAUCCUUCGUUGACUAUUUCUUACAAUAACAUUGGUUUGGUGUAUAAUGAGCUAGGAGAAUAUACGAAAGCACUUCUAUUUUACGAAAAAACACUUCGAAUCUGGGAAAAAACUCUUCCUGCAGAUCAUCCUUCAUUGGCUAUUCUUUACAACAACAUUGGUUUGAUGUAUAAUGAGCUAGGAGAAUAUACGACAGCACUUCGAUUUUACGAAAAAGCACUUGGAAUUAGGGAAAAAACUCUUCCUGCAGAUCAUCCUGAUUUGGCUACCUCCUACAACGACAUCGGUGGUGUAUAUGAUAGCAUGAGAGAGUACUCAAAAGCACUUACAUAUCACGAAAAAGCCCUCAGAAUCUGUGAAAAAUAUCUUCCUGCAAAUCAUCCUUUAUUGGCUACGUUCUAUAACAAUCUCGGUAGGUUAUAUUAUAACACAAAAGAAUAUUCGACAGCACUUUCAUUUUACGAGAAAACACGUGAAAUCUUUGAAAGAAUUCUUCCUGCAAAUCAUCCUGACUUGGUUACUUCCUACAACAAGAUUGGCAGUCUGCAUUAUACCACGAAAGAAUAUUCGAAAGCACUCUUUUAUUUUGAACGUGUUUUGGAGAUUAAACAAUGCUCAUUGUCUGCUAAUCAUCCUGGUAUACAAGAUGCGAACGAGAAUAUUGCUAUUAUAAAAAUGAUAAUUUUUUCUUCUGAAUAA